AUGCCAACUCCAGUGUUUGAUGCCACAGCUGCCAUCAAAUAUCAACCUGAAAAAGUAGAAGCAACUCUCCAAAAGAUUGAAUGUUUACUGCAACGAAAUCAUAGUCCUCGUAAGUUUUCCUCUGACCAAGGAUAUCGUUUACAGCAAGGGUUUUUGAUUAGUUCUACUCAGCAAAUGGUUGAUCGACUUGUUGUGCAAAUGCAAGACACCAUGAAUGCCUUGACAAUUGAUUCCAGUUCCAGUAGUUCCAGCGCCAACAUUGAACACGCCUCAAGAUAUAUUGAUGAUGCCAAUAAUUGCCAACAGCUGUUGCCUCAGUUACAAAAGAUUGCAAUCAAAUCUCAAGAGGUUGGCAACCCUGUGGAACAAAAACUGAACUCAAUGGUUGAGGAAUUGCAUGAGGUCUUGAAUUCUCAUGUUGAAAACACUGUCUCUGACAUGCUCGAGUGUGCCAAAGUCCAAUGCUCUGCUGUUCUAAGCAAUGAGUCUUUCUUAUCUGACUUGGAAGCUGAUGUGGCUGAGAAACGCAAACUACCGAAAGAUAUUAUCUCUCAGGUAUUGGGAGAUGUUAGCACAGACAUCUUCAACAGACUCAGUGAUUUGAACUUAGUAAUUGCUGCCCAUCUAUCAGAUAGAAUCCUUGAAGGUGUCAUCGAAUCUUUGUCCAAGAGUCAUAAACAGCUGACGAAUGAAUUAAAUGUGAAGAAACGGUACCGCUUCAGUGGCUCUUUUGAUACUGACAAGAAUGAGAAGGCAGACUUAGAAAUUCCCUCGGAAAAACUUUCAGAAAAAGCAGCUCUUGAAGAUCACGAAAAGGAAAGUUCCACACUUAGAUGUUCUCCAGGGUAUAAUCCGUGUGAACUUAAUGAGGAUUUUGAUGACUUUGAUUAUUCUCCAAAGUUGAACACGAAGAAGAAAAGUUUGUAUGGCAGAAAACUUCGGCCUCAAUCUGUUAUUGAUCAUGAUGCAGUGCAGCAAGCCUUAAAGAACCACUCUGAUAAAACCCUGCGAUCCCACGGCGAGGAUGAAGAGGAGGCGGAAGAUAGUGGUGUGGGUAGCAGUGGUGGUGGUGUGAUACGCCACACAAUAACUGAAAGUCCUGAAAUGAUGAACAGAAGUACAGUAUCAUCUGGAUCUGAUAUCUCUCUCAGCAGUGUCCUCUCCCAAGCAGGCAGCUCCCCCAGACAUCCUGACCUAGGUCCUAACCGGAUGACUAAGUCAGCAAGUAAGACAUUGACUGAUGCCUGA